GCCGAACCGAGUCUAGUUCUUCUGUGCUCGUUGCCGUCGCCGUUGCCCAUAUUGCGAGUUCCUUCUACCGAGUUUCCUAUUUCAGCUAUUUACUUUGGACAGUUUUGCGACAAUCUUGAAUAUAUAUAUAUUAUUGGAAAAAAGAAAAUAGGAAAUACGAGGACGAGUGGAUACGCAGACAUUUCGAUGUGUGACACAGUGCAGUGAAAAUUACUGGCGGAUAUUAGUGUGUUUGUGCUACACGACGCUUAUUUUGGAUUACCGGAAGUCCUGCCACGGAUCCAAGAUGCUCGUAGACGAGAUGCCUCGAAGCUUCGUCAAGAAGAACAACAGUUACAGUCACUGUCCGCUCAAGAAGCGGCCGGUGCACGUGAUGCUCUCCGAGGAAGUUCCGGAUAAUGCAAAAGAUGAAAUAAUCGAAGUGGUCGUCGAUGACGUACCCGAGCCCGAGAACCUCAGCACGAAGCCGGAGGACCUGAGCAGAACCGCGGAGAAGAUGCGUCUGCAAUCCUCAAGGACGCCUUCGCCAUCGCUCUCAUCCUCGUCCUCGCCUUCGCCUCUUCAGCCUCCGAGGAUUUCCUCACCGACUAUUCCACGAUCUCCACCGUCCACGAGUCACCUUCUUGGACACCAUACUCAACAUUCCUACCAGCCACAUCAUCCGCACUAUCCUCAUCAUCAUCAUCAUCAACAACAGCAGCAGCACCAGCAUCAACAGCAGCAGCAGCCACAGCAUCAGCAUCAUCAUUUCGAACAGCAGCCUCAGACGCAACAAUCCCAGCCACAUAAUCAGCACUAUCCUGCAAAAACAAUAACGCCACCAGUCGGGAUUGCUCCGAUUCAUCCAGUGGCGAAGAAGGCGCGGGUCGAGGUCAUCCAGCACGACAAGGCCCAGGCGCCGCUCCACUUCGUGGCGAGUAAGCCCCCGUUGGAGCCCCUCAACCUGAACACACCCGUGGAACCACUGGCUCCGUACGCGACGUCCAGUUGGGUCAGAGGAGCACCCCUCUACCCACCUCAUUACCUCCCUUAUCCACCAGCGGCGUAUCGGUACCCCGCGAGUGCCGCUGCGGCCGCCGCAGCCGCAGCCGCGGCCGCGGAGCUCUACGGCUCCAGCUACAGCCUACCAGCAGCAGCGGCGGCGGCCGCCGCUGCCGUCGCCUACCCGCACUCGUCCCCGGAACAUCCUCCUGCCCUCUCGCCACCUCUGGCGCCUCACGCGUCGCACCCUCAUGCCGCCCUGACCUGCCCCACCAUCCAAAGACCCAUCGCCUCCAGGAGCUACGCACCCUGGGCCAGUCCCGACCACUGCGGACUCUCGCCCACCAGCUCCCUUGGUUCGGGAUCGCUGAGGUCGCCACCGCCAGUCACCCCCGAAGAUCUCUCCUCGCCAGGAAGCGACAGUGGUCGCUCCUCCGCCGGAAGCACGUCGGCCGGCUCCGUUCUCAACCAGAAGAGCACCGAGAAGAACGGUAGUGGAAGUGGUAGUGGAGGUGGCAGUGGCAAUGGUAGUGGCAGUGGUUCCACUUCGCCGCGUUAUCAGUGCCCUGAUUGCGGGAAGUCCUACUCCACGUACUCGGGACUCUCGAAGCACCAGCAAUUCCACUGCGCAGCUGCCGAGGGCCAGACGAAGAAGUCCUUCUCGUGUAAAUACUGCGAGAAGGUCUACGUCAGCCUGGGGGCCCUGAAGAUGCACAUCAGGACCCACACGUUACCAUGCAAGUGUCACCUGUGCGGCAAGGCCUUCUCGAGACCCUGGCUCCUCCAAGGGCACAUCCGCACCCACACCGGCGAGAAGCCCUUCAGCUGUCAACAUUGCAAUCGCGCCUUCGCUGACAGAAGCAAUCUGCGCGCCCACCUCCAGACCCACAGUGACGUCAAGAAGUACUCCUGCACCUCCUGCAGUAAAACCUUCAGCCGCAUGUCCCUCCUGACGAAGCACCAGGAGGGCGGCUGUCCGGGCGUCACGGUACCCAUGGGCUACGCCUGCUAGACCUGUUCGUCCCAUUUGAACCUGCAGCACCGUCUUCGGGAGAGCCGAAGAGGACGCGGGGCUACCUGGUGCCUCGCAUCUGUCCUUGUCAAUUGCCUGCCUGCCUGCCAUUGUUCGUGCAGUUUCACGAAAGUGCCUUAAGAAGCCUCGCACGCAAGAAGACUGUCCGGAGUACAAACGAGAGGAGAAGACGAUUAGCUUUCAGUGUAAAUAGUGCAGCGGGAGAGGGCUGAAGUUGAGAAAAUUGAGGGACCUUUGUCGUAAUGAAAAAUCGCGGCAGUGUGUGCUUACGAUUGCGUUCUCUGAUUCGAAGGAGAUACAGAUAAAGAAGAAAACGGCCCAACGUGCCUUAAGAAUCAGAUUGACAUAUAGAAUAUAAUGAUAAAGAUUAAGAUGAAUUCUCGUUCGAAUCAGACACGCGCGUUGUACCUCUAAAAGUCUUAAACGUUUAAAAGUUGCCGCUUAUCGCGGUUCCGUGAAACUCUCGUGCCAUUUUAUUUCAAUUUUUUCUCUUUUACUAUUUUACUAUUUUAUCUUUCGUUCUCUCCGUAUAUCCGUCUGUGGUCGGAUUCCCAAGAGACGGAUAAGGGAUCCGUCGACGAUCCUCGCGUACUCCCGCCUUAAUUUCAAUUUUCUUUUCUUUUUCCAUUUCAGCCUCAUAUAUUUUUCUCAUUUUUCGUGUAUGAAUUAUUUUUUUUCGACAUCGUUCAUUAUCUCUUAGUAAUUUAUAUUUUAGUUUUAAGUGGUUGUGCACCGCGCACCAAAGUGCCAUUGUCGUCUGUAUAUGCGUACUCGGAGAAACAUACGUUACACUGAUAAACAUAUAUACAUACAUAUAUUCAUAUAGAUUGCACGCACGUACGCACGCACACACACACUCAGGCGCACGCAGAGAUCGAUACAUAUUAUAUGAUUUGUCAAUCAAUUUGUAAAUAGCCAAUCCGUAGUCCAUAAGAUCGCAUAGUAUUAUCUCCAUGACGACAUCAGAGGUUAAAAAUGAAAUGUUUUUUAGCUUCCUUCUUUUGCGUUAUAAUCUGUAAGUUACUCGAAGAAACUAGUCAUUGUAUGAUAAAAAAAUGAAAAUCGCAAAACAGACGAAAAGAUAAGAAAUAAGAGGAGUAGGGCUCGCCACGCGUCCGUUUCCAUAUUAUGUAAAAAUUUAAAAAAAAAAAA